CUCUCCGGAGCAGCUCAGUCGGACAACGGCCGUGGAAUGGAGCGGGUCUGGAGGCGCGUCCAGAGCGCCGGUCGCCGCGGCGGCGCUGCUUCCGCGUCCAGCGCUGCGCAGCACGUGGCCGAGCAGGCGCAGGAGGAGCAGCAGCGGGAGCAGCAGCGGGAGCAGCAGCGGGAGCAGCUGCGAGGCAGGCGCAGGUCGCGGGGACCCCAGACGAUCGUGUGCGGCUGCCAGGUGCAGCCGUGCCCGGUGCACCCGGUGCUGAUCCGGGUGCGCAGGAGCCAGCGGCCCCCGGCGCCCAACUGCGACUGCCCCCCGGACGCGCAGCCCUGUCCCCACCGGCCGCGGCGGGUCAGCAGGAGGGGCGAGUCGGGCACGAGGCGCCGGCCGCAGGGCCUGUCCUCGCUGUUCGCGACGUCGAGCGCGGCGACGGCGGCGGUCCUGAGCGCGGGCACCGGCCAGCACCCGCACUGCCCGCACGGCGACGACGAGGUCUGCGACUGCGAGCGGGACGCGCGGCCCUGCCUGCACACGGUCAAGACGAGUCGGGCUAGCAAGGCGAGCAAGGCGGCCAAGCCGAGCUGCGAGUGCCCGGCGGGCCAGGCCUGCGCGCACCGGGCCCUCGAGGGCCGCAUCAAGCGCGUCAAGUGCCGCGUGCGCCGGGCCGGCUGCGCCAUGGCGCGCUGCACCGCCGAGCUCGCCAUGCUCCACCUGCACUGGCAGCUGGCCGGCGAGUGCGCGCCCUGCCGGCCCCGGGCCCUCACGCGCCGGCUCUGCCGCCGCCAGCAGAGCGACAACGAGCUCUACCGCAGCAACAGCUUCAAGUUCGAGCGCUUCGACCGCAACGCCGACGAGGGGGGCUCCUCGCUCCGCAAGCAGGUUUCGCUGUGCGACGAUUACAGCCUGCCCGUCGACUUCGUGAACAAGAGGCGGCCAGCCAGCGUACCGACACCGGCUCCUACGACGACCGUUCAAUGGACUCUUCCUAGCCCGACUAUCGAAACCGCGGAGAUCGAGGUCGUGGAGCAAUACAGCGACCCGAAGGACAGCAAGAACCGAGCUUACGUAGAGCCUGGCGUCGAUUCACCCCAGCCGGCGGUCCACGCCAAGCCGAAUCGCAACUAUUGCAGACCUUAUACAGAUCCUUCGGCCUCUGGCUCUUCGUGCGAGGAUGAGGAAGUUACCGGUAGACUCUCGAGCGCCAGGAAGCGAAAAAACACCGUUUACGGUACUGCUCCAGCCAAUCGAAAUCCUAGCGUACAAGCAGCAGCGGCAGCGGCAGCAGCAGAGCGAAGAGCGCCGAGCGCCGAGCCCGGCCUCCUGCAGAAAAGCAGCAGCGGCCUCGUGGUAGACUGCGUGGCCCAGGUGCACCUCGAGCACUCCGAGCACUCGGCCUGCAGCGACAGCCUGCCCUCGCGGCACCCCUCGCCCUACUACUACGGCGACCUGUUCAAGCCCUCGGCGGGCACCCAGAGCGUCGACACCCGGCACAACCUCCACCGGCCCUACCAGCAGCAGCACCACCACCAGCUGCUCUUCCCGCAGUGCCGCGGCCAGCCGGGCAAGUACCGGAAGAGCGUGAGCCUCGACGCGCCGGCCGAGCGCACGCGUAGCCUCGGCCUCAUCCCCAAGCGCAACUCGCUGACCGAGAGCGAUGGGCCCGCCGCCGCGGCGAGCGACGCCCCGGAGCCGACGGCCGAGCGCCAGAAGCUGAGCCCCCUCGAGCCGGGCACCGAGAAUGCGGCUGAGCCAGAGCCCGAGGCCGAGAUCCUCUCCAGCUGCAUCAUCACCGAAUGGGACUACACGCUGAUGCCGCCCCAUCGGCUGCUCAGCCAUGACUUGCCCACGAGGGUCUGCACGUGCCUUGCCUCCGCCGAGGAGGACGAGCUAGAGACGCCGCCACCCCCAGCGCCACUGCCCCCGAGCGCCCCCGCUAGGUCCUCCUCCACCCGGCACAAGGUGCGAAAGCUGAGACGCUCGCGAAGGGUCGAGCCCCAGCCGAUACCGAUCGACGACCGCGACGACGAGGCCGGACUCGAGGACGAGGGCGACGAGGAGUACGAGGAGGAGGAGGAGGAGGAAGAGAUGGCCCGACAGCGGCAGAUCUACGAGACUGCGUUCGACUGCAAGGUCAGUAGGUCGGACGACGAUCUGGAUGAUCUUGAUCGGAUAACGAAUCAUCCACUUUUGAUCUCUCAAAUAAGAAACGGCUCGGCGGCGCCACUGUCGCGGGCGAGCUCGUCGACGGAGUCCUCCCGGCAGUCCCAGCCGACGCUGCAGCAGACGACGCACCAGGCGUCGAAGGAGCACCGACGCAAGCCCGGAUCCGCGCUCCGCCCCAAGGCUCCGAUCCUGAGCCGACAGCAGCAGCAGCAGCAGCAGCAGCAGCAGCAGCCCCAGCAGCCGAGCGACGGCACGAUAGCCAGCCUCUCGCAAGACAUCGAAUCCCUCCAGAUGAACUCGAACGACGAGAAGAGCAACUCGCCGCGCGCGAGCGGCCGGGGCUACGGCACGCCCUCGCCGCCAUCGACGGCCCCGCUGCCGGCCAAGUUCCACAACAACCGCGAGCACCUGCUGCUCAACAUCCGCAGCGCGCCGAACCUGCCGAGCCAGCAGCAGCAGGAGCAGCAGCAGCGGCUCAAGGACAUGCGGCUGCCCGUGAAGUCGAGCCUGCGCGCCAAGGAGAACUCGCCCCAGAGCAGCGAGAACAGCAUCCUCGAGAUCAAGGGCCGGCCCAAGAGCUUCGCCAUGGAGUCGAAGGAGCUGAUCCUCGAGUUCAAGGGUAGGCCGCUAGAGGCCUCGCCGCCCCAGCGGCCCCGGCCGCGUAGCCUCAUACGCGAGGGCAAGCCCGUCAUGGAGUUCAAGGGCAGGCCCCACGAGGCCGAGCAGUCGACGGCCGAGGCGGCGAGGGCGCGCCGCGAGCAGCAGGCCAGCCUGCUGGAGUUCAAGCUGCGGACGAGCCGGCGCCGGGCCGGCUACUCGAGCACCGAGAGCAUGGCCACCAGCAGCAGCGGCGGCAGCAUGGAGUCGCUGCGCAGCAGCACCAGCGAGGGCAACCGCUCGACUAGCAGCAGCGAGAGCCGGCACAGCACGAGCCUCAGCUCGCACAGCUCCGACAGCGGUAGCGCCAACUGCUUCCACCACCACGGCCACCACGGCCACCACGGCCACCACCACGGCCACCACCAGCAGACGGGCCUCUCGAGCUUCCUCACCCACCACGCCACCAAGCUCCACAUCCUCUCGCCCAUCAGCGACAAGUCCUCGCAGGAGCCGGCCAGCGAGACGUCCGACAACAACCGCAACAACAACUCGCAGAAGGCCUCGCCCGAGGAGCUCGGCAACCCCACGGCCGAGCAGCAGCAGCAGCAGCAGCAGCAGAUCGUCAACGCGAGCGUCGUCAUCAGCAACCCGACCACGCCCACGGACUCGUCCUUCAAGAAGCGCCGCACCCCGCAGAACAAGAAUCUCAUCAACCUCGCGCUCCAGUCCUCCUCGUCCGGGGACGCGGAGAUUCAGGGCUCGGACAGCGGCAUCUCCAUAGAGUCGCGCGCCGGCAUCAAGUGCAACAAGCCCUUCGGCUUCCAGCCGAUCAAGCCGCCCCAGCUCCAGCUGCAGCAGCAGCAGCCGCAGCUCGACAACAUCAACCAGAUGCUGGACAACGAGCAGGAGCUCUCGGACCUGCCGUUCGACAUGCCCAAGCUGCGCCGGCGCAGGAUGCUCAUGCAGCAGGAUGCGAACACCUCCGGCAGCGCGACCAGCGUCGACCUCAAGGACCUGCCCUUCGACAUGCCCAAGCUCAGGAGGCGGCUCCGGUGCACCCAGAGCACCGAAUCCAGCACCUCCCAGGCCUCCUCUAGCCUCUCCGUCAGGGACGUCGAUCCACCCCCGGCCCUUUUCGGCGGCGGCUUAGCGAGACCAAAGAUGACGCUGAAUUUGGAUGGUGGAAACGGGGUCGGGAACGUUGGCCUGUCUCUCGCCGGGGAUGCCGGAGCCGGACAGCAGCAGCUGCUUGGACUGAAAAAGCCCGGCGGUCUCAACCUCGGACUGUCGCUCGAGCUCACCGCCUCCCGAGGAUCCGCCGAUCUCGUCGAUGUCGAGCUGCCAUUGGAACGACAGGGUUGGUAUCACGGCUCGAUAACGAGAAUCGAGGCAGAAGCUGUUCUAAGAUUACUGCGGGAGGGAAGUUACUUGGUACGGAACAGCGAGUCGACCAAACAAGACUACUCUCUAUCGUUAAAGAGCGCCAGAGGGUUCAUGCACAUGCGCAUCCAAAAGAACGAAGAAUUGAACGCGUACAUACUCGGACAGUUCAGCAAACCAUUCGACAGCAUACCUGAAAUGGUGCGACACUUCAGUAUAAACCGUUUACCAAUUCGAGGUGCCGAGCACAUGUGUCUUCUGCAUCCGGUGAUUGCGCAACUGUUGUAGCGCUUCUGUCGCAGUGCACUAGUUAAGGCGCCGUUUUUACUAUCAAAGAAGCCGACAAAACAAAACGAAAGGGAUUACCGUAAUGAAUAAUGCGCAUGUCUAAUAAAGAUAUUUGGUCAUCCGUUCCUGACUGAUAAGGGUAUAGAUGAAUAAGAUAUAGUUUUUUAAUUUUGCGUAAGGUUACGAUUUAACGAUUACGUGUGACGGCGAUGAGUUCGAAUUUCUCCGAGUAAGCGUACGAGAUUGUUGUUGUUGUUGUUUUUUUUCUUGCAUUCGUAUUUGAUUGUCUGGCGUAAGAAUGUGUGCGACCAUACCCAGAGACGGUACCGAAUAAAAUGUUUCUCGAAUUUCGAAUUUCGAACAGGCAAGAAACUCCGCUAAGUUUAAUUCAGUUCUUGACGAUGGAAAAACGAUGGAUUAGCGUCAUCGCAGACUAUUAUGGUAAUGAUUUUUAUUCGGUGUAUGUUACCAAACAUUAAUAGGUUAAUUUUCUUAUAUGAAAAGAAUAGAAAAGAAUGAUACCAGUAAGAAUGGUGUUGGCGUCUUCCGACCAGAGUAGUAUACCUAUACAAGACUUUCUCAACAAAAAAGGCAUCUAUUAAUUUGAAUUCAUCAUCUAUUUAAUCGUGUUUACUUACGAAUACUUAUUUGGAUGGUAAAGAAAAAUUAAUACAUCAUACACGAGUGUUUGUUACCAGAAUAAGAGCACAAUUUUCAAAAAAAGCGACUCCAAAAAGUUUAUCGCAAAAAUGCCAAAUACCACUCUUAUUUCGACUUAUGAUUGGGGAGGUGCAGCGAUUAAUGGUCGUCAAUCAUAUUUAUGUUUUUAAUUCGGCGUGAUUUCUCAAUUUCUGUCUUGAAAUGGCUAAUGCGUGUAUUUAUGUAUUAAGAGAUCAAGUGGUAAUAGAUAUGAUAUCGAAUGUUUUUAGAAAAUUGACAUUGUAGGGUCAACAUUUUCGCCAAUUCGGUCAGUUCAUAAUAUUGAUGACUCAAAAAAUCGAGUCAUCCGUCCAAUGGUCAGUAAAACGACUCUGAAGAUUCCUUCAAAAUGAGGCAACCGAUACAUAUUUUUUCAUGUGAUAUUAAUUUGUUACAGACCUAGAGCCUAGUUUUACCUGUGAUCUGUUAUUCUAUUCGAUUAAUUAUUCUUAUUAUAUUAUUACAACUAAUACUGCUAUUAAUAACAUGUAUAUGUAUCUGUUGCUUAACGUGUGCAAUAUACGUAACAAUAAUGGUUUCCUUAUAUUAUUCUAAGUAAAGUUACAGAGUAUGUCUGUACAAAAGCUGAACGUCCGUGAAAUAACAAUAAAUUCUAUGAUGUAAGACACCGGAUCGGCAACAGUCUUAAACUAAACAUAAAUUAACCGUCUAGAAGACAGUUGCUAUUUGCAAAAAAUUUUACCUAAGCAUUUUGACAUAAAUUUAGGUUUAACGAUCGAUUAGGUAUAACGUCGGUACAUCUGGUGUUUCACACGAAGAAAAGUGAUGCUUAUAGUCAGUGACGUCGUCUACUUGCAAAGUUGCCAAAACAUAGACAGAAUCAACCUCCUUAACAAGUACAAAACGUGCGAAUCAUUUGUUAUGUUCAGUUGAAGGUAUUUAAUUGUGCCUGCAGUUUUUAACUGUGCGCAAAAUAAAAUGCUAUGGUAAAAUGCAAUUGCACAUAACUGCGUUUGUUUUGGAAUCCUAUCAAAGUUGAAAAUUCGACGUCACUAUACAUUUUAUUUAAUUAUCACCAGACGUAAAUCAGAUCCACUGUACUUUGAGCAGUCAGUAUUAUUAAUUAUAAUCGAAAUGCAUAUCCAUAUUAAAAUUUAAGAUAUCCUUAUUGCGUCGUUCUAGUUGAGCGUUUAUAAAAAAUAUAACCUAUAUAUUACAAAUAUUUAUUUGACAUUGUGUUUAUAAAAUCAAGCCGUUAGAUAAUGAAACUAUAAGUGCGAAAUACGAUGCGUUAACUUAAUAUUAAGGUCGUAAAAAAUUGUAGUAACCAUAAAACUAGAAUAUAGAAAGUAGUACGUUUUAUGAUACCGUGUCGUAAAGUAAUUAUAUAUGAUGUAGAUUUAGCGAUGAAUGAUUUGUAGAUACUUCCUGUACCUUGAAAUUUAUAUGAAGUAGCUGGUAACUCGGAACGUAAAUCUAUACAUAUACAAGAUUGUAUUAAUAUAGAUUAAAAUUGUGACCAUUCGCAGUCUUUCGAAACGUUAUAUUAUAAAUUUAGGGAAAUUUGGAAUGACCAUUGUAUUGUUUUACUAUCGGUUUCUAGCAUCGUGUAUUUCAAUAAAUGUACAUGAUUACUUUUGAAUUCAAUAUUUAAGAUAAAACAAUGAUUUGUCUCUAAUGAUGAGAAGUGUUAAUAAUAUAUAUUUUAAAAAAGAAGAUUUUUUUUGGUCAAAAUGAAAAAAAAUGUUAUCGUAAUACCAAAUAUGAAUUGUUCAAAUAGUUAUUUUUGUAUAGAUUGUUAAUUUUCUCUCAAAAUAUGUAUGUAUAAUAUUGUAUGUAAAUGAUUGAUUUAUGAAACCGAUAGUUGUGAAUAUUUAAGAAAUAUUUUAUGAUGACUUCCUAUCUCCCAAUGUGUAAUAUUUUUCUUUGACGCGUGCCGUAUGCUAAUCAUUGAAACGAAUUACUGCGAUCAAAUUGAUAUUUUUAUUGCUAUACGAUCGAUCGCCGUUUUCCCAAAACAACGUCAUAAGAUUUUAUGUAUUCUAAAGCUCUUCUUAGUAAUAAAACAUUUCGUAAUACAGUCAAA